AUGGAUCAGAGGCUCGGAAAGGAACUGUUCACGGCUUCUACAGUCGGGCUAAUUAUAGGACCAUCAUUGAACAUAUUGGAGGAAGACAAGAUUAUGUUGUUUCCUUAUGGAAGUCAAGAUACACUUGCUACGAUAGCAUCACUUGGUCAUGUGCUAUUUGUCUUUGAAAAUGGUGUAAAAAUGGAUUUUAGCAUUACCACCAGAAUAGGAAAAAAAGAAUGGGUCAUUGCCCUUGUAGGAUUGUUAUUACCUCUGCUAAUUGGUUAUACACAACUAGAAAUCAUUUCUACACUUUUAACCCAAGGUAAUGGAGUAAAUAACCAUUCAAGUGUUGUUAUUUUGAUGACACAAAGUAUAACUUCAUUUCCAGUGAUUGCUUCCGUCCUCAAUGACCUUCAAAUCCUAAACUCUGAACUUGGAAGGCUGGCAUUAUCUUCUGCAUUGGUGGGUGACAUACUAAGUAAUAUUCUUAUAAUUUCAACUGUGGUCUUUGAUGUAAAUCAACAAGUAGAUGGGAUUGGGGUAAAUUUGGUGUGUUUUUUUGUCCUAAUUAUCAUCAUUUUCUUUAUCUAUCGUCCAACAAUGUUUUGGGUUAUUGAUCACACACCAGAAAGACAAGAAGUGAAGGAUAUUUAUAUUAAUAUUAUAGUUGGGAUUCUCUUUACUUUGGUUUGGUGUUCAAUGCUCUUGAAACAAGAAUUCAUUCUCUUACCUUUCCUUUUAGGAUUGGCUACACCAGACGGACCUCCAUUAGGGUCUUCAUUAGUUAAAAGGAUUCAUGUUUUUGGUAUAGAAUUUCUUUUGCCAAUCUUUGUUGCUACAUGUGCAAUGAAGAUAAAUUUUGGCUUAAAUUUCACGAUAAUUACAACUACAACUACUAUCCUUGUUGUCUUUUUGGGUCAUCUAAUCAAAAUGAUAGCAUACACAACAUCUUCACUCUUUUUCAAGAUACCGCUAAAGGAUGCUAUGUCUCUUGCCAUUCUUCUAAACUGCAAAGGUGUUGUGGAAGUAGCAAUGUAUAGCUCUGCAUUAGACAAAAAUAUGUACCCUUAUAUGCAUUGUUAA